AUGCGCAGCCACGAGCAGCCAGUCGAGUGCACGGCGGAGAUCGUGGGAGCGCAGCGCGGGCCGGCGAGGUGCGACGGCGCUGCGCAAGGCGGACGAGACAGCAAGGCGGUUUCAGAGGCGCAGGCGCCCGGCGGCAGGAGGAGGAGGAGGAGGCUGCGGCGCGGCGCGGCGCGGCGCGGGGAAGGCGUGUGCACGCUAAGCAUGCGCGAGCGCGUGGGCGCCGCGUGCCGCGCCAGGGUGCAGCGCAGCGGCAGCGGCCAGACGGCACCGCUCGCAGCCCCAAUUCCGCCCGUGCAGCGACCGACGACGAGCAGCAGCGUCAGCGCCCGCCCGCCCAUGGCCGUUGCUGUUGCCGCGGCCGUGCGCCAGAGCACCGCAGGCGCACUCCGACGCCCGGCCGCCGUCUUUGCCCGCCGGCGCCGUGCCGAUGGCGGCGGCGCGCCGCUGCUCCGCCCCUCCAGAAGGCGGCCAAGAUCCUUCCGCCGCCAGGCGCUCAGAGAUCUCGCCGCCGCCGCCGCCGUCGAGAUGCGAUGAACGCCGCGCCAUGCCGUCCGUGUGCGGGCGCCCGCGGAUCUUGCGCAGCAUCGGAGCGCACCAAAAGCGCGCCAGCUCGCCGAGACACGGGACACACAAACGGAGGCGUGCUCGACGCUGCAGCCAUGCAAGCGGCCGCGGAAGCGCGCACGACGCAGCAUCAGGAUGGGCUGCGAUGGCAGAGCAAGGAUGCGCGAUGGUGGAGGCGGGACCGUGCGGCCGCGGCCGCCUUCUCUCCGCCGUCUUCUGGCUCUGGGCGCCCAUGAUGACGAAAGACGCAAGAGACGUUCCGCCGGCGGCGGCCCCUCUCGUGCACACCGCAGAGGCUUGCGUCUGGGCCGCCUCUCGAUGCUGCGCAUGUGCUGGCCGUCGCCCGCUCGGGAUCGGCCCGAGCGGCGCACCCCUCAUGGGGACCACUAUAUGCACCAGAUGCAGCUGCGCCGCAGCGCC